AUGCUGACUGCCCCGGGCCAGGUACCCAAGAAUUUCCCGCCUGCCCAGUUUGUGCGUCAUGACGCCGAGCCACUGACUGCAAGAGACGCACUGGAAAAUCUCGAAAUCGCCCAGCUGUUUGAUCACUACAUUCGGUUCCUGGCACCGUGGUAUGAUCUCAGCGACUCUGCCUCCACGUUUGGCAUUGCAGUCCCUGCACUCGCCCUCGAUGAGCCCUUGCUUUUCUCGGCCGCUAUUGCACUCUCUGCUAUGCACAUGUGCAGAGUCAGUGGCAAAAAGCUGCGGAAAACAGCCGAGUCGUAUCAUCAUCGGUGUGUCCGAUUGCUCAUCGCCCUUAAUCGCGAGGAUGAACAUGUCUCCACAGGCAAAGCCCUUGCGGCCACUUGUCUAUUGCGGUCUUAUGAAAUUCUUGAUGGCGAUACGGAUCCCAACGUGCAUCUUCGGGGUGCUUACUCAAUGGUCUCUCACCAAAAUGCUCUCAAUUUGAGGGCCAGAAGUCUUCUCACUGCUGGGUUUUGGAAUUACCUGCGUGAGGACAUCACAUUUAGCCUUUUCGAGCAGUGUCCCCUCAAAAUGGACCUGGAUCCAUUGACCCUGAUCACAUCACACGAAACAGACCCAGACUACCUGAACUCCAUCUCCUUGAUACUCGGCAAGAUCAUCAACAUCGCCCUCCAGCGCCCACUCACAGAAGAAGAAUGGGAAGCCGCCUUCUCCAUGACCCAUGAAUGGAUCAAAGCGCGGCCGGACCGACUGGGUCCAUUCUCUCGGCGGCCCGCGAUUGUGGGCACACCGAACCCACUGCCAUCCCUCUACUUUCUCCACGAAUCACACGCCUCGACGAUGCAUUACUACCUUGUCACGCUGACCAUCCUCGGGCUCCAUCUGCCCGAUGCCCAGCGACUGGAUAGGUUGAAGGCCGUCGAUGCCUUCCCCAGAGACAACGCCCUGCUAACCAAGCAGCAAUUCCUGCAUAACAUUGCACUUGACAUCUGCGGCAUUGCCUUUUCGUCCAAGAUCCCCACCGUCCUCGUCAAUGCCUUCGGGCCGAUGGCUUACUGUGCUCGGCUCAUCAAUGACGAGCCAGCCCGCCAGGAGCUAAAACGCCAGUUGUUUGCAUUACGAACGGUGUACAUCAUCACGAUGUUCUGCAUUCGAUCUCGAGCACUCUCCUCCCUGCUCAAGGGUCGGCGAACCUUUGCAACGGUUGGCACUCCUCGCAUGCCUAUCGCGGUUAAGCCAUCCUUGUCUGAAAUCCGCAACCAGCGUCUUGAUGAGAGAAACCUGGAGACUGCCGUCCGGGCUCUAUAUCAAGAUGGACUUAUUGUCAUUGAAGAUGCCGUUCCACGUGAGAAGCUCGAUGCUUUGAACGAGAAAAUGGUCGAGGACACCAGGACUCUUCAGUCGCUUGGUGAUAAGAGCCCAUUCAAUUACAACAAGGGCAACUUGCAGCAAGAUGCCCCUCCGGUCUCCAAGUACUUCUUCCCAGAGGUCUUCACUAAUCCAUUGGCCACUCAAGUCACCACAGCCGUCCUAGGGCCACGGCCCAAGUGGACCUUCUGCUCAGCCAACUCUGCCGUGGGCAAAACUCCCGAGAUCGAACCUCAGCGACAGCCUGUACACUCCGACGCAGAUUUCGCCCAUCCGCCUAACCCGUUUGCUUUGGUGGUCAAUGUUCCUUUAGUCACCACGAAACCCGAGAACGGCUCCACCGAGCUCUGGCUGGGAACACACACGCCUUACGGCAUCGAAGCCCAAGAGGGUGCACACGGAGACCGUGCCAGCGGCCGGAUCCAAGAGCACCUUCUGAGGGAGAGGAAGAAGAUCUCGCCACCCGUGCAGCCAACAAUCAGCAAGGGAAGCGUCGUGAUCCGUGACCUGAGGCUGUGGCACGCAGGAAUGCCCAACCACACCCCUGAAACGAGGGUCAUGUUGGCUAUGAUUCACUUUGCUCCGUGGUAUAGAAACCUCAUGAGGCUAGAAUUAGCCGAGGACGUUAGGCCCAUUAUCGAACAGUUGGAUCGAGAUGGCAAGCUUGGAUUGCAAGUGCCGGUGGAUUGGAAGCCUACCGAGGAGACUUUGAGGACGUAUUUGGGACGGGGGUUUGGGAACAGCUACGAUUUCAACCAGGCGCCCUGA